GUGCUGACCCAGAAGAAACUAUUCUCAAUGCAUUCAAAGUGUUUGAUCCAGAAGGCAAAGGGGUGCUAAAAUCUGACUAUAUCCGGGAAAUGCUCACCACCCAAGCAGAGAGAUUUUCUAAAGAGGAGAUUGACCAGAUGUUUGCAGCUUUCCCUCCAGAUGUGACUGGACACCUAGACUACAAGAAUCUUGUGCAUAUCAUUACACAUGGAGAAGAAAAAGAUUAGGGGUGGGGUGGGGUUCUCCUAUUCCUUUAUCCCUUCCAUGGCUAGUAAGUGCUCCACCUGCCCACUUGCUCUGGUCCUCAGUAUGCAGCCUGCAACCCAAUCUUACUCCUAUUUCUUAGCUGUGCCCGUGCCUUGCUCCUACUGGUUCUAUGCCCCCCAGUCUCCUUCACUCUGCCCCUCUCCUUCCCACCACCCUUGCUUUUGGAUCCUGACUCUAGGUUUCCUUGUACAAAAUGAGAUAUAAAAAUGUCUCAAUAAAUUGAAGGUAUUUCUUUGACCGCCA